GGUAGUAUUCUGGAAAAAGGCGUCGACAGAGGCGAGUGUACGGCGUAUACAGCUCGAUGCGCCUCGCAAUUUUUACUAUUUAAGUUUUGCCAGCAUCUUAAAAAGUGCUCCAAAUAAUAGAAAUCUCUGUGAAAAUGUUUGUGCAAAUGUGUUCAGCGGGUGCCUAAAAGCGGGCGAUUGAAGUUAUUGGGAAAUUUCCAAGUGGAAACAAACAAAAGCGCAAAGUGUACACAAAAGCUGCCUCUAAGAGUAUUUACAUAUACAGAGACACAAAUACACGUACACACACGCUCACACUCCGGGCAGCCAUGGUGGUUAGGGAUAUUGAAAGUUUUGUGUAUGUGUUUGUUGGGCUUUGCGUGUUUUUGUUUACAUGCGAAGCGAGUGGUAAUUCCUUAAACGCCAUCGACAUGGAGGAGCCGGCUAGACGCCACCACCAGCGACAUCAUAAUAGCGAGUACGAGCGGGAGCGGGAGGAGAAGGGCUAUUGUGCGCCGUACAAUGGCAAGGUGUGCAAGCAGUUCAUCACCGGACCAGUGUGGUAUAGCCUGGAGGAUCCGUCGGGUGGCUGGCGCAAUGAGCAGAUCACGACAGCACUCUGGGAUGAGCUAAUUAUGGACUUGAGCGGACUGUGCCGUGAGGCAGCUGAGAAAAUGCUUUGUGCUUAUGCCUUUCCGCGCUGUCAUGUGGAGAAUGGCAAAGCCAUCAAGGCGCCGCUCUGCUUCGAGGAUUGCCAGGCAACUCAUCUGCAGUUCUGCUACAAUGAUUGGGUCCUUAUUGAGGAGAAGCGGGAACGCAACAUGUAUCUCAAGAGUCGCGCUCACUUUCGGCUGCCCAACUGUACGGCCCUACCUCACUAUGAUGCCAGCAUGCGCUGGCCCAGCUGCUCAUACAUAGGUCUAACAGAGAUCAAGGAGUCGGAGGUUAGCUAUGACUGCCGCAAUGGCAAUGGGCGUUACUAUCUGGGCAGCAUGAAUGUAACCAAAUCGGGCAUACCCUGCCAGCGCUGGGACACACAGUAUCCGCACAAGCAUAUCCAGCCUCCUCUAGUCUUUCAGCAGCUGACUGACGGCGAGAACUAUUGCCGCAAUGCGGGCGGAGAGGAGCCCUAUCCCUGGUGCUACACCCUAGAUGAAUCUGUGCGCUGGCAGCAUUGCGAUAUUCCACUUUGUCCUGACUAUGUGGAUCCGAGUGCCAAGGACUUGAAUACGCCCAUUAAGAUGGAGGAGUUCUUUACGCCCUCGAUGAUAUUCCUGCUGGCUGGCAUUGGCUUCAUUGGCAUUGUGGCACUUCACUUGAUUAUACUGCUCGCCUACAAGCUGUCCAAGCACAAGGAGUACACGCAGCCCCAGUCGCAGGCAGUGCAUGGUGAGUGCGGCACCAACUUGUCGGCAAGUCGCGAAACCCUCGGCUCCACAGGCUUUGCUCCCAACAGCAUCAAAUGUGGCACCAUACGCAGCACUGCAACCAUACACAGCGUCAACUGUGUGAUGCUGACGACGACGGCUGCGGUGCAGCAGGAGCCGAAGACGAAGCUGAACGCACGGCUAGAGAAGCUGGAAUAUCCGCGAGGAGACAUUGUCUAUGUGCGCUCCUUGGGACAGGGCGCUUUCGGUCGCGUCUUUCAGGCCAAGGCGCCGGGACUUGUGCCUGGCAAUGAUGACCUGCUGGUGGCUGUCAAAAUGCUGAAGGACGAUGCUACCGAUCAAAUGCAAACGGACUUUGAGCGCGAGGCCUGCCUGUUGGCCGAGUUCGAUCACACGAACAUUGUGAAGCUGUUGGGAGUCUGCGCCUUGGGGCGGCCCAUGUGUUUGCUCUUCGAGUACAUGUCGCCGGGUGACUUGAGUGAAUUUCUGCGUGCCUGCUCACCGUAUGCCACACAUCAGGCCCAGCCGCACAAUCGCCAGCACCUGGAUGAGCUGCAGCUGCUCCACAUGGCCUCGGAUGUGGCCUCGGGCAUGCUCUACCUAUCCGAACGCAAGUUCGUGCAUCGCGACUUGGCCACGCGCAACUGCCUCAUCAACGAGCAGAUGACCGUGAAGAUAGCCGACUUCGGUCUCUCGCACAAGAUCUAUCUGCAGGACUAUUACAAGGGCGACGAGAACGACGUCAUACCCAUACGCUGGAUGCCCAUCGAGAGUAUACUGUAUAAUAAGUUCUCCUUGGAGUCGGAUGUGUGGGCCUUUGGCAUCUGCUUGUGGGAGAUCUUCUCCUUUGCGCUGCAGCCCUACUUCGGGCUGACACACGCCGAGGUUAUCAAGUACAUCAAGGAGGGCAAUGUGCUGGGCUGUCCGGACAAUACGCCGCUCUCUGUGUACGCUCUAAUGCGCCGUUGCUGGAACAGCAAGCCAAGCGAACGACCCGGCUUCGCGGAGAUCAAUCACUGCAUUCAGCACAGCAUUGCAGAGAGCGAAUGCAAGGCGAUGCUCUAGGCUGGAAAGCGACUCAGCUAAUUCAGCGCAGAACAAAUCGAAAGUGAAAUCGAAAUUCCGUCAUUGUUUGAAGGCAUCAUUUCAACGAAUCCGUAUCCGUAAACUUAAUGCUCUCCAGCUUGUCUUCCGGAGCAUCUACACACACUUAACAUAACAAUAAUAUAAUCAAAAUACGGACUUA